AUCUGACUUUUGCAGAGGUAUACUUAGAGAAGUGACUUUCUGCCCGCCUGGACCUGUGUUUAAGCCCCGGAGGAUAUGAUGUUCACGAAACUCUUUCAGCAGUGGAGUUUCGCGGUGUUUCUGCUGAGUUAUUCUGUGCCCUCCUACGGAAGAUCGGUAGAGGGGAUCAGCCGCAGACUCAAACGGGCUGUAUCAGAGCACCAGCUACUGCAUGACAAGGGCAAAUCAAUCCAAGACUUACGAAGAAGGAUAUUCCUUCAAAAUUUAAUUGAAGGUGUCAACACUGCAGAAAUCCGUGCAACUUCAGAGGUCUCACCUAAUCCUAAGCCUGCUACCAACACGAAGAACUACCCUGUCCGAUUUGGCAGUGAAGAUGAGGGCAGAUACCUAACUCAGGAGACAAACAAAUCACAGACCUAUAAGGAGCAGCCCCUGAAGGUAUCAGGGAAGAAAAAGAAAGCGAAGCCUGGAAAACGUAAGGAACAAGAGAAGAAAAAGAGGCGAGCUCGCUCAGCUUGGCUAAAUUCUGGCAUGUAUGGAAGCAAUGUAACUGAGAGCCCAGUCUUGGACAACUCCAUUACUACACAUAAUCAUAUUUUAAGGAGACGCUGAUAUUUUCAGCAAGACAACUUUGGAAGACAUAUUGCAGUAUUCUGUAAUAGUGAACAUAGAACAUAUGGGAAGUAUUAAAAUAUUUAUUACCUGUAAAUAUUGUAAAUGCUCAGAAUAAAACCUUUUUGUCCCAUUGCUCUCCGA